GAAACUAUAAUCUUUGGACAAUAAAUUGACAUUUAAAGACGCCAAGCAAAUGUGUUUUUGUGAUUUUUUCGGUUUAUAAACUAUUUUUCCCGUAAAUUAAUUUCGCCAAUCGAUAUUGUGUGUAUGUAACUCUCAAAAUGUCUUUGGUGUGCGCUAUUUCUAACGAAGUACCCGAUCAUCCAGUGGUUUCUCCCUCGUCAGGAGCCGUUUUCGAGAAAAGAAUAAUCGAAAAAUACAUCCAAGAAAACGGGGUCGACCCUAUCACCGGCAAAGAACUCACCCCAGAUGAACUAAUCGAGAUCAAAACUCCACCAAUUGUUAAACCUAAACCUCCAAACGCUACAAGCAUUCCAGCUACUUUAAAACUACUCCAAGAUGAAUGGGAUGCCGUUAUGUUAUACAGUUUCACACAGAGACAACAAUUACAAACAGCUCGUCAAGAAUUAAGUCACGCUUUGUACCAGCACGACGCGGCAUGUCGUGUUAUUGCUAGAUUAAACAAGGAAGUGACAGCGGCUAGGGAAGCCUUGGCUACUUUGAAACCUCAAGCAGGAAUCACUGCAGUACCUCAACCUGCUGUUGCUGCUGAACCUUCAGGUAUAGCAGCCCAACCAGUAGAACAAGCUGGUAUGAGUGGAGAAGUUAUACAAAAAUUGCAGGAAAAAGCCACAGUACUUACUCAAGAACGAAAAAAACGAGGAAGGACAGUACCAGAAGAAUUAGUGACACAGGAUCAGAUCAGAUCCUUCAAAACUCUAGCUUCCCUUAUUGGUUUGCAUUCAGCUAGUAUUCCUGGAAUAUUAGCUCUAGAUGUUCACUCUUCGGAUAGCAGCAAGGUUUUAACAGGAGGAAAUGAUAAAAAUGCUACAGUUUUUAAUAAAGAUACUGAGCAAGUGGUUGCUAUUUUGAAAGGACACACUAAGAAAGUUACUAAAGUUAUUUAUCACUCGAAUGAAGACAUUGUUUUAACAGCUUCACCUGAUUCUACUAUUCGAAUCUGGAACGUGCCAACAUCCCAAACAACUCUUUUAUUAAGAUGCCACGAUGGACCUGUGACAGGGUUGUCACUUCAUCCGACAGGGGACUAUGUUUUAUCUACGUCAGAGGAUCAACACUGGGCGUUUUCUGAUAUAAACACAGGAAGAUUAUUGACUAAAAUUUCAGACAAUUCAAAUGUACCAUUGACCACAGCCCAGCUUCACCCAGAUGGUCUUAUUUUUGGUACCGGUACCGCAGAUUCUCAGGUGAAAAUCUGGGAUCUUAAAGAGCAAAGCAACGUCGCCAACUUUACUGGUCAUUCUGGUGCUAUAACUACGAUUUCCUUCUCCGAAAACGGAUACUAUCUGGCAACAGCAGCUGACGACGCUUGCGUCAAGCUGUGGGAUUUACGGAAACUGAAAAAUUUCAAGACUUUACAGCUGGACGAAGGCUAUCAGAUUAAGGACUUGUGCUUUGACCAAAGCGGUACUUAUUUGGGAGUGGCUGGUACAGAUGUUAGGGUAUACUUGUGUAAACAAUGGCAGGAAUUAAAAGUUUUUAACGAUCACACUGCUACAGCUACUGGUGUGAGAUUUGGCAAGCACGCGCGAUUUGUAGCGUCCACAUCGAUGGACAGGACGCUGAAAUUAUACGGUUUAGACUAAUUAAGUAAUUAUGAGUUAUUUUAAGACAUAAUUUGAAAAUACAGUUAUAUAAGUAAUAUUUUAUUUCCAUUGUUUGAUCGUAUUUCAGUAAUUGUGUAAAUGAAACGGAUUUUAAUAAAUAAUUAAGCUAAAA